AUGAUUUUGAGUCAGAACACACUGCUGAAUUUAGUAUGGUAUCUGGCACGACGUUUGCAGUCUGGUAACUUUCACAUCAGGAGUUUGCUUCUGGUAGUAAAUAAAUGCUUAGCCCAUUACUGCUCGGGCGUCGACUCUGGGGAAAGAGAGGAAUUAGAUGUCAAUCAAGUGCGCCGUGGCUUUGGAGAUGCAGAUAUUCGGAAGGGGCUUUUGGGCCACGUUUCCUGCCAAGAUUAUCUGCAUUGCCUUCAACUUUACUCUGUAAUGUUUUUGACAGACAAUAAAGAUUAUGAUGCCUAUUUAUCAUACACCAAAGUGGAUCCUGACCAGUGGAAUCAAGAGACUGGAGAAGAAGAACGCUUUGCUCUUGAAAUCCUACCUGACAUGCUUGAAAAGCAUUACGGAUAUAAGUUGUUUAUACCAGACAGAGAUUUAAUCCCAACUGGAACCUACAUUGAAGACGUGGCGAGGUGUGUAGAUCAAAGCAAGAGGCUGAUUAUUGUCAUGACCCCAAACUACGUAGUCAGAAGGGGCUGGAGCAUCUUUGAGCUGGAGACCAGACUUCGAAACAUGCUGGUAACUGGAGAAAUCAAAGUGAUACUCAUCGAAUGCAGUGAACUACGAGGGAUUAUGAACUACCAGGAGGUGGAAGCCCUCAAGCACACCAUCAAGCUCCUGACGGUUAUUAAAUGGCACGGACCAAAAUGCAACAAGUUGAACUCUAAGUUCUGGAAACGUUUACAAUACGAGAUGCCUUUUAAGAGGAUAGAACCCAUUACACACGAGCAGGCUUUAGAUGUUAGCGAGCAGGGGCCUUUUGGGGAGCUGCAGACUGUCUCGGCCAUUUCCAUGGCCGCGGCCACCUCCACAGCUCUAGCCACUGCCCAUCCAGAUCUCCGUUCCACCUUUCACAACACGUACCAUUCACAAAUGCGUCAGAAACACUACUACCGAAGCUACGAGUAUGACGUACCUCCUACCGGCACCCUGCCUCUUACCUCCAUAGGAAAUCAGCAUACCUAUUGUAACAUCCCUAUGACACUCAUCAACGGGCAGCGGCCACAGACAAAAUCGAGCAGAGAGCAGAAUCCAGAUGAGGCCCACACAAACAGUGCCAUCCUGCCGCUGUUGCCAAGGGAGACCAGUAUAUCCAGUGUGAUUUGGUGACAGAAAAGCAAGGGACACCCCGUCCCUGGGAGCUUGAGUGGAGUCUGCAGUCCAGUGCCUGGAACUAAAUCCUCGACUGCUGCUGUUAAAAACAUGCAUUACAAUCUCUAGAACACGAGGAAAAACAGGGUCUUGUACAUAUGUUUUUGG